ACUAAAAGGCGUUUUGAACUCGUGCCAGUGCUGUUCAUCGUGUGCAGACUGCUCACAUGUGGCCACACUAGGUUGCAUUGUAUCAAAUGCACCUGGUACUCUGCUGGUUAAUUAAUCUGACUACACACAAAGACAACUUUUAACUAUUUUACUUUGUCGUGUUUCAAAAAAAAUAUACUUACCAAAUGUCAUGGCAUACAGAAGAAGACGACAACUCUCACUUCCAGAUCACAGGGACAGACAUGUGCCCAACAACAUGGACCAGCUUGCUUUCAAAUACAUGGAGAUGUGUAAGGUGGAGUCCAGCACUGAUUCUGACUCAGAGAUCAGUCCAAGGUGGUCGGACACCAGCACUCUGGGAUGUGUGAGCAGUGCACCAGAGAGUGGAACUUACCGGCGGACGUUGCCGUUAACACACAAGUCUGCAGGAAAGCAUGGCUGUUAUUCUCUGUUUUUGGACCCAUAUGAUGGGAGCUCUGAGGAUUCUGACGAGUCAAACACCGAUAUGAGUGUCUCCAGCAGGCGAAUGAGGCAGCAGGGAAAAGGUGGAGGAGGAGGAGGCUGUCGGUUCAUGGGCAGGAGCAGGAGAUUUAUCCUUAAUCACCCUGCCUCUGUCGCCCUCAGAGAAGUGGUGAAAAAUGGGAUGAGAGAUCCUGUGUCAGAGCAGCAGCAUGGUUUGGAUGUGAAGUGUGGGAGUGACUCUGAGCUGUGUGUCUGUGGCCCUCUGCCCUCCCACAGUGACCGGGAUGGUUGCAGAGAUAUUACAGAGGAAAUGGCCGAUGAUCCAACGAUGCAAACCAUGGAUAUAGAAUUACAUUGUCAGGUUGAUGAUUCAGGCUUGAACACUACAAGAUCCUCCACACCUCACACACCUGGACCUGUAACCCUGGUGGAAGGGAGUUCGUCGCAGAUGCUGGAUAGCUCCUCGGAGAGACCCCCAUGCCCCUGUAACCUCAGAUCGCUUUACAAGAGGAAGCUGGGUUUCCUUGGUGCAGAAGUGGUGGAGCUGGAGCAGAGAAAGAGGCAGUGUGUUGUCAGCAUGGAGGACAAACAUAAAUGAAGGGACUUUGCAUCUGAGCCAUGUUAGAGCUGUCUAACCAUGGACUGACAGGCUGAAGCUCUCCUGUCACGCUCAGUGCCUUGAAUAAUUUAAGGUAGAAUGAAGGACUGUAAAAAGUUAUAUGGCAAUGCACUUUGUUUACUCAUGUAUAGAUAAAACAGUGUAGAGACCUAAAGGUUUAUUUUCUGUGUCACAUUAUGGCUUGUUGUCUUUAAACGAUUAUGAUUUUUGUUGGGAGAUUUACCAUAGUAACCUCGGUCUCUAUAUUAACAGACCACAGUCCAACCUAUGCACCUGAAAUUAAGGAACUGUAUUUUUUCAUAGACCAAUAAAGAAAAAUGCUAAUUUCAAAAAGA